AUGGUUCGCUAUUCUAUCCUCGCCGUGGCUUUCGCCAUUCUCGGAGCCGAAGCUAGUCCCUGCCGACCCACGACCGCGACGAGCGUGGCCGAGGCCUCUUCGACGAUCGCUUCUGACACCACUGUUACUACCUUGGCCACGGCCGUAACAACUGCCUUUUCGGAGACCACUUCUACCGCUUUGGAAGAGACUGCUUCUACUGCGGUUGCUGAAAGCACAACGACUACCGAAGCGCCCGCCUGCGUUGAGACCCAAGUCGUUAUCAACCCCGGCUUUGAUGACAGCGACAACAAUAAAUCACCUUGGUUUGGCGACGGCUCAAUCACCACCGACGGGCCCAAUACCGCCCCCAACGCUAUCUCUUUCGUCUUCACAAAUGGCCAAGGCAACGCCCAGAUCUCCCAAACCCUGAGCAACCUCGACGGCACGUACCGACUAGCUUACAAGUGGGGUGUCUUCUCCGGCGUCAACGUCGGCGCUGGUUUCUCAUGCGGCAUCACGCCCAAGAUCGGAGACAAUACCCUCCUCAGUGCUUAUCCCUACGAAUAUGUCGGUUGGACUCCCCAGAGCCAGAUCUGGUCAAGCGCCGGUAACGUUGUUGCUCAGGCUGACCUGUCGUUUGUCUUGCAAUGUUCCGGAGAGUAUGAUCAGCUUACGAUCAAUAUUGAUGACAUCACAUUCACGAAGCUCUGCGGUCCUCAGGCUAAUUAA